AUGGGAGUGAGUGGUUUUCAAGUCCCUCAAGUCCUUGGUGUUGAAACGUCCAGCAAUUUUCUGUUGACAUGCCGGUACCAAUACCAAGUCAAUCUUGGAUCGGGUAUCAAUAUUGGAUCAAGGCUUCACUUGAAACUAGCGUUUUCCUUUCUGCUUUCAGAAGUUUUGGGCUCUGGAAUUGCUGUGAUGUUUGUAGUCAAAUCUUCUUUUGCUCCAAAUCCAUCAAACCAAUAUUUUAGUGGAAAUGAAGACACAGGGAUCAUACGCAAUACAGCCAAUUUCCAUCCUAGCAUUUGGGGUGAUCAUUUCAUUUCAAAUCCUCCUAGUGAUAUGAUGAAUAGAGCUUAUUCUCUUGAACAAGUUGAAGAUUUGAAAAAAGAAGUGAGGAGGAUGCUAGUGGUUGAUGCUAAUGAGUUUUUAAAUAAGAAACUGAGCUUGAUUGAUUUAUUGCAAAGGCUUGGUGUGGCAUACCACUUUGAAGGAGAAAUGGAGAAAGCAUUGGAGCAGAUAUAUAAUGCCUCAGAUUAUGGUUUUGAUGAUGAUGACAACUAUAACCUUUAUACUGUGGCUUUGCAGUUUCGCUUAUUGAGACAACAAGGGUAUAAUGUCCCUUGUGAUGUGUUCAACAGAUUUAAGAGCAGUGAUGGUAAGUUCAAGGAGGAUCUCAUUAAUGAUGUGAGGGGCUUGCUUUGCUUGUAUGAAGCUACACAUUUGAGGGUACAUGGAGAAGAUAUUCUAGAUGAAGCCUUAGACUUCACAACCACCAGACUUAAAUAUGUCUUUGUCACUGAUGAUCUAAAACCUCAUCAUCCUCUUGCAACACAAGUGAUGCAUGCCUUGAGACAACCACUUCACAAGGUCUUCCCAGCAAGGGUAGAAGCUAGGCGCUACAUCUCUGUUUACCAAGAAGACAACACAAAGAAUGAAUAUGUUCUUAAGCUUGCAAAACUAGAUUUCAAUCUACUACAAUCCAUCUACUUGCAGGAGCUAAGCCAACUGUCAAUAUGGUGGAAAGAAUUGGGCAUUGCACAAAAGCUACCUUACGCUAGAGACCGAAUGGUGGAGUGCUAUUUUUUGAUGUUAGGAUUGUACUUUGAGCCUCAUUAUGCUCUUGCCAGAAAGAUAGUAACCAAAACUUCAGCCUUGCUCACCAUUGUUGAUGAUACCUAUGAUGCGUAUGGUAACCUCCAAGAACUACAACUCUUCACAGAUGCAAUUGAGAGUUGGGACCUUGGCUCCAUCGAUCAACUCCCUGAAUACAUGAAGGUGCUAUACUCAGCACUCUUAUAUGUUUACAGUGAAACCGAGGAAGAGUUGAAAAAGGAAGGACGAUCUUAUCGUGUUAACUACGCAAAAGAAGUGAUGAAAGCUCAAGUUAGAUCCUACUUGAAGGAGGCCAAAUGGUUUAAUAAAGGAUAUAUUCCAACCUUCGAAGAGUAUAUGCAAAAUGCAUCAAAGAGCUCGGCUGUUACCAUGGUCAUAUUAAAUUCCUUGCUCGGCAUGGGAGAUGUUGUGACAAAAGAAGUUUUGGAUUGGGUAAUGAAUGAACGUAAUAAGCUUCUGAAUGCUUCAAGCUUAAUAACUAGGCUCAUGGAUGAUAUGGUGACCAACAAGGCUGAACAAGAAAGAGGCCAUGUUUGUUCUGCCAUCGAGUGCUACAUAAAACAAUAUGGUGUCUCAGAGCAAGAGGUACAUGAUGAGUUUAGUAGGAGAGUGGUGGAUGCAUGGAAAGAUAUAAAUGAAGAGUGCCUGAAGCCGACCGAUGUCCCAAUGCCAGUUUUGUUAAGAUGUGUCAACCUUACUCGUAUAGUUGAUACCAUCUACAAGGAUAAAGAUAGUUUCACUCUUGCCCAUGAAGUGUUGAAGGAACCCAUCACCUCUUUGCUUUUCGAUCCCAUACUCAUGUCUUAUUGA